AUGAAGGCUUCACUUGCCACCCUGGCGGCACUCGCCUCCGCCGCCUCUGCACAUUUCACCCUCGUGUACCCAGCAGCUCGAGGAUUCAACGAGGACACACUCACCAAUUUCCCCUGCGGAGGACAAGAUAAAGUGUCCACCACCCGCACACAAUGGCCACUGAAAGACGGAUCAAUUGCUCUCAACAUGGGCCAUAUUUCCACCAACGUUGAAGUCCUAAUUGGCUUCGGCAACGACGUCGGCUCAGCCUUCAACACCGUCCUCCGUCCCACCUUCGGCCAGACAGGCCUGGGAGACUUCUGCAUCACGAGCGUCUCCCUCCCCGCCGGAUUAAACAUCACCGAAGGCACCAACGCCACCAUCCAAGUCAUCACGAACGGUGACCCCAAAGGCGGCCUCUACAACUGCGCCGACAUCACCUUCGCGAGCACCGUGAAGGCCCCAACCUGCGCCAACGGAACCGGCAUCACCACAGGCGCGGCCACUACUUCCGGACACGCCAAUGGAACAGCCUUGUCUGGUUCGGGCUCAGAUUCUGGAUCCAGCACGACCGCGUCUACGGAGCCAUCUGCGUCGCCAACUGGAGAUAAGAAGAGUGCUGCUGUUAAGGCGCUGAAUGCUGGGUUGGGAGGUCUGGUUGUGGCUGGUGCCGUUGUGAUGGCUAUUGCUUUGUGA